AUGAGUCUUACCAAGCCGAUAAAAGAAUAUAGAUUGAUUUAACUAUAGAAUAGUCUUUAUAAAAAGAAAUUUGAGUACAAAAAUAAAGAUAAAUUUCUGAAGAUUUUAAGAAUUUCAAUAUCUGACGAGCAUAUUUUGAAAAUAACCAAUUUCGAGAUUGACAACUUAAAUACAUUAGAAAUACCAGCUGAAUCAUCCAUAACGAUUCACAUUACUUUAUAAGCAUCUAAGAAUUCAAAUGUGUAUAUGAAAUUUAUUAGGUAUGAUACCGACCAAAUCGAGGAGGAGUUACUGUUCAAAAUAGAUUUAAAAUAAUGA